AUGCAUGCCUGGAGUGCCCACAGUGUUUCAGCGCUGCUCACGGACCUGGCACUGAAUAGCUACGCUGAUCACCUGGCCUCACAGCGUGCACUGUCGGAUAAUUCGAACGGAGGGACGGCGCCAGGUGCCGUUUGUCUCGAAGAGGCACUGGCACCGCUGCAGCUGAUCCACGGAAAAGUGUUUACGUCAGCGGUAGGGAUUGCCCUCCAUGGGGCUGAGCUCAUCAUUCGCUACGUUGCAUGUGACAAGCUCGAGGAAGGUGAGAGGGAGGAGGAGGAGGAGAAACAGCAACAACAACAACAACGACAACCCUGGAGUGGCGACGGUAGUGAAAGUAGCUUCACUGGCAGGUGCCUCUACUUCGUUGGUGAGCAUCGUAUCCUGUCUCCGUAUUACUGCCCGUGUGGGGCGUACGGUUACCAGAGCAUCCGGCGUCAGGAGAUGUGGCUAUGCAAGCAUCUGCUGGCACUCCGCUUGGCGCUCCUACUCGAGCGACGCGGCCUCGUGAAUGACACCAUACGGGUACGAAGAGUGACCAUGUGCCAGUUCCGGGAUAUGAUGCAGCGGUUGGACUAG